CCCAGAAAUUCUUUUGGGUUUUGUUAGAAGCUUUGCUUCUGCUGUUGAACUCUCGGCGGUUUCGCUCAGGGCCGUGAAAAGCCGUCGCUUAACGCUAAUUGUGAGAGAGAGAGAGAGAGCUUAAUAUCAGUAUUUGAGUUAUGUUUCUUUGUUGAACUGGGCACUGCCCAAUUGGCUCCUUCAAACUUAAGGGUAAAUUUGGUCCAAAUUUGGAGCUAGAAGUACCAUUUUUCAUUGAGGAAUAGGAUGUCACCAGAGUGGUUUUACAUUUGCCUAAAAGGUAAAUUUUGUACAAAUUUGGAGCUAGAAGUACCAUUUUUUUGGUCUUUCUUCCCUUCUAAAUGGUUGUCAUGCUUAGUGCCCGUCUUCCCACCAUUAACUAUGCUCUUCCUUCAGGUAGAGAUUGUAAGUACACAGGUCAAGCAGUGAGAGCACUCCCUAUACGAAUAAUAUCAAUAGGGAAAAAGAGAUCAGAAGGUGUACAACUCGUAGUGGAUGAGUACAUUGAAAAGCUUAAGCUCUACUGUAGUGUUGAAGAUGCUCACAUACGGAACAAUCCUAAAAAUGCACGUGAUUGGAGAGCUCAGGUUGAUCAUGAAGACAGUGCUGUUAUGGAUCUUAUCAGGUCUGAUGAUUGGGUUGUGCUGUUGGAUGAGCGUGGGAAAGACAUAGGGUCCGAGCAGAUGGCUGAGUUGGUGGGGGAUGCUGGAAAUACAGGAGCUUCAAGACUAUCAUUCUGCAUUGGUGGACCGUAUGGUCAUGGAAAACGAUUGCGAGAGCGUGCUGAUGUUUCUGUCAAGCUGUCUUCUAUGGUAUUAAACCAUCAAAUUGCAAUAGUUGUGCUCGUAGAACAACUCUAUAGGUCGUGGACUAUUCUGAAAGGACAGAACUAUCAUCGUUAGCCUUUCGUUUCCUAUUCUAAACAAUGCUAACAGGGCAUCGGCAACAUAUACCUCAGAGUAAGAGUAAUACACUGGACUGACACGGUUGCUGGUGGCUUAAACGUGUAUUUGGGUUUGUGGAACUAAAUUGUUCUAUAGUUCUGAAAUUCAUACACUAUUUUUCUUACUCUCAGUAAUGUAGUGGAUUAAACCUCAAUGAGAAAGAAAUUACAGGUAUUAAAGGAGUUUCAUGAUAGAUCGUUUCUGUGAACCUUUAGCUUCACAUGGCAAAGUUUUGAAUUUUAAUACAACACAUCACUAUUGAUCAUUCAUGUUCAAAUUAUAGGAAACAGAGUGUAUUAUACG